UUGGUGUAUCUUUACUGCUGCCAGCCUGCAUUCCUUUAAACUGGGGGCCCUGAGGUUGGCAUCCCAAAAUACACCCUCCAGGCCACUUGUCGCUGGCUUGUUCCGGCGCUCCAGGGAGGGCUUGCUGACCUGAAGGUGUCUUCUGGCCUUUAGUCUUAGUCACUCUGCCCCAGGUCAAGGGACCAGAGAAGACGCUGGCACUGGGACCCGCCACUGGCAAAGUAGCUGGCAUCUGAGGAAGAGUCUGCUCAAGGUGAAGAUCAUGGACUUCAUUACAUCUACGGCCAUCCUGCCCCUGCUGUUUGGCUGUGUGGGAGUCUUCGGCCUCUUUAAGGUGCUGCAGCGGGUGCGCAUGAAGGCCUACCUCCGGAACGCUGUGGUGGUCAUUACUGGCGCUACCUCGGGCCUGGGGCGAGAAUGUGCCAGAGUCUUCUAUGCUGCGGGUGCUAAGCUGGUGCUCUGCGGCCGAAACCAGGAGGCCCUGGAGGAGCUCACCAAAGAACUUUCUGCUUCUCUGGCCACCAAGGUGCAGACACACAAGCCUUACACGGUGACCUUUGACCUCACGGACCCUGGGGCCAUCGUCGCCGCGACAGCCGAGAUCCUGCAGUGCUUCGGCCACGUGGACGUGCUCAUCAACAAUGCGGGCAUCAGCUACCGAGGCACCAUCGUGGACACCACCACGGACGUGGAUAAGAAAGUCAUGGAGACAAACUACUUUGGCCCAAUUGCUCUAACGAAGGCACUCCUGCCCUCCAUGAUCAAAAGGCGACAAGGCCAUGUUGUGGCGAUCAGCAGCAUCCAGGGCAAAAUCAGCAUUCCUUUCCGAUCAGCAUAUGCGGCUUCCAAACACGCAACCCAGGCCUUCUUUGACUGUCUUCGUGCCGAGAUGGAGCAGUAUGAGAUCGAGGUGACAGUCAUCAGCCCUGGCUACAUCCACACCAACCUGUCUCUCAAUGCUGUCACUGCUGAUGGGUCCACAUAUGGAGUCAUGGACAAGAGCACGGCCCAGGGCCGAAGCCCUGCAGAGGUGGCCCGAGAUGUCCUGGCUGCUGUGGGGAAGAAGAAGAAAGAUGUGAUCCUGGGCGACCUAUUGCCGUCCUUGGCCAUUUAUCUGCGAACUCUGGCUCCUGGGCUCUUCUUCAGCCUCAUGGCCUCCAGGGCCAGAAAGGAGCGCAAGUCCAAGACCUCCUAGUCGUGCAUCUGAGCUGGGGAGGGAGAGGUGGGGAGCAGCACCUACCCGGGGCGGCGGCCUGCCUGGGCACAGCUGCAUUUGUAGACACCUUCCUGGGUACUCGUCGUACGGGUGGGAAAGAGGGAGCACACACUUCUCCCGAAGCUCCCUGGCUAGCCCCUGCCAAUAGAAUGAGAACCCAGGACAGCCACCUACUCAGGGCUGAGGGGUGCAUCUGAAGGAACAAGUGUGGAGCCGGCUUUGGGCUAAGACUCUGAAAUAAAUGAAUGGUUAAGGGCUGUAGUCCUCAAGGGCCAAAAGCACUGUACGUCCUUUGAAUUCCAGCCUGAGCCAGCUCCUCAAGAGUGUUUCAGCCUUGAAGACAGAAAACAUCUUGACAUCACCUGACCCGCUUCUCUCAUUUGACUGAUCUGGAUCACAAACUGAUGGGUUUGGCAGAGUCCCCCGCAGUACUCAAGGGAGCAGGCUGUGGUUUGAAGACGCCGUUGUCUGUAUCCAUUUCCAGGGUCCUACAGGACAUCGUCCAGCGGAACAAACGGGCUUCUGUUUGUUCUGUCUUUCCAUGUAGCCCAAGUGAUGCUGACUUUAGUACCUAAAAGCCAUUCCCCAGUUUCCCUGUGAACUCUCCCCGGAAGCCGUGUAGACCAGGCCCCACUCCCAUCAGAUGAGUUUACUAAGGACACAGCAGCCAAAAGGGAGAGGAAACCCCCGCAUGGUCCCACAGAUGCUCUAGGGAGUCAGACUCCGAAGUCCGGCUGGCUGGGGGUUUCUAAGGCUGCAGCCGGCCCCGGCAAGAGCGGCGCUUUGUUAGCUGUGCCUGAGGGGUGCCUACUUCCACCUGAUUUAUUAAAAAUACAUGGUUAAGGUUGAGUAAAUCCACUUCAUAGCUGAUGUUUAGGAUGAAACUGUACCUAUUAUUGAGGCUGAAAAUGGAAAUGGUGGCUGUUCUGUAUGGUUUCCCCAACUUGGAAUAAAAAUGUCCUAGCAUGUC